GUGAUCACCAACGAGAUAUCGAAUUGUUUGCCGCGAAAUUUCAGUGACAGGUGCACGUUGAUACAUUAAGAUGUUGGACAAAACUGAUUCGAAGGACAAUCCGAAUUUACCAUGGGUGGAAAAAUAUCGUCCAAAGAAGCUCGAAGAUCUAAUAUCACAUGUUGACAUAAUUAACACAAUUGAGAGGUUUGUGGCGGAGGAGAGACUGCCCCACCUGUUGUUUUACGGACCUCCAGGAACCGGCAAAACCAGCACCAUCCUGGCCGUGGCAAAACAGAUCUACUCACCCAAAGAGUUCAACUCAAUGGUGCUAGAGCUGAAUGCUUCAGAUGACAGAGGUAUUGGCAUCGUCAGGAACCAGAUUCUCAGCUUUGCUAGUACGAGGACUAUCUUCAAAUCUGGCUUUAAAAUCGUUAUUCUGGAUGAAGCUGAUGCUAUGACUCGGGAUGCUCAAAAUGCUCUCAGGAGAGUGAUUGAGAAGUUCACGGAGAAUACCCGGUUCUGCAUCAUCUGUAACUAUCUGUCCAAGAUCAUUCCUGCCCUGCAGUCCCGGUGUACCCGCUUCCGUUUUGGUCCUCUGUCCACAGACCAGAUGGUCCCCAGACUAGAACACGUUAUUGCACAGGAGGGCAUCAAGGUGACAGAAGAUGGGAUGAAGGCUGUGGUUACCCUGGCAACGGGAGACAUGAGGAAGUCCCUCAACAUCCUGCAGAGUGCGUCCAUGGCGUACGAGGAAGUGACGGAAGACAACGUGUACACCUGUGUGGGGCAUCCCUUGAGGAGGGACAUUGAAAACAUCGUCAACUGGGUCCUCAAUGAAAACUUCACAUCGGCAUACAACAACAUCAGUCACCUGAAGGUGGCUAAAGGCCUGGCCCUCCAGGACAUCCUGACCGAGGUCCACCAGUACGUCCAUCUAGUUGACCUGCCGAUCCAUGUGCGAGUGCAUCUCCUGGAGAAACUGGCUGACAUUGAGUAUCGCCUGGCGUCUGGGACCAGUGAGAAAAUCCAGCUGAGCUCCAUGAUUGCUGCCUUCCAGACCGCACGGGACCUACUGGUCAGCCAGGCCAAGUGACAACUGCGUUUCACACAAUCGGAGGUGAUCAGCGAGGCUAAAUAACCACAGCCUUUCACAGUGUGGGAGGUGGUCAGCGAGGCCAAGUGACCACUGCCUUUCAGUCUGGGAGGUGGUCAGUGAGACCAAGUGAUCACUGCCUUUCACAGUGUGGGAGGUGGUCAGCAAGGCCAAGUCACCACUGCCUUUCACACUCCAUGGCAGGUGCUUGGCAGUAUUACCAAGUGACUGCAGCCACAUUGCUACAUUGUAUAUACUGUAUAUAUAAAUCAGAAAGUGAGACAUCUUG